AUAGCUGAGUCAUGUAUUCGUAUUUCACUUCAAUACUUUUCUGCUCCGGUUGUCACUUUAAAGAUAUGAUAAUUCAAUUAAAAAUUGAUUGUAAUAUAAAUAUUGAAUUACUAUUGUUGUCCUCCCAUUUCAAAAGAUGCACUUUUGAAAAUAAACAAAAAGAUCAAAAAGAACUUUCCAUCCUGUUACCUUUGAUGAAUGAUGUCACUCCAUUCCACUCCUCUGAUGAGAUCUUUAAUAUAUAGGACCUAAACCCUUUAAAACUCACAAUCUCAACCAGAGCCGUCGGACAAGGACACUCAGAGACAUUUACAGAGCAUCACAGACAAACUGCCAAAUCUUUACGAUGGAGAACUCCAACGUCAAACAAAACAAGAAAGGCAAGAAUAAAGGGAAGAGAACUGUUAUCCAGCUGGAGGUAACACGCUCUUACAACUCCUGGAAUAACAGGAUUUCAUCCCUUCGCGUGUGGAACGAGGCUCUCAUUUCUGUAGGGGAACAGGUUCCAGAGACCAUCACCACAACCGUUCUCACUAAAGAGAAGGAGACAUUGGAAGGGGUCCAACCACAACAGGCUCCUACAUCCACGGAUGCUCCACAGCCAGCAGCUAAACCCGAGGUUGCUCCACUGCAAGACGGUGCUGCACCCAAAGGUUCUUCCCAGCAGGCUGCUACACCAACAGACCUCGUUGCACCAAAAGACGUGGUGCUGAAGAUUGUUAGACAGACGGAGAAUCUACAACCGGAAGUUACUCUUAAAGUUGCUUCCCCAAAGGUUUCUGGAGAUAUUGGUGGUCCACAGCAGGUUGCUACACCAACAGAUCUUCCACAGAAGAUAGAUUCAGGUUCACAUAAAGAGGCUCCCCAGGAAGUGGCUACUUCUACAUCUAAUGCCAACGUUGUACCAAAAGACGUGCCACUAAAAGGAGCUACACCAAAACUCGUGAAGGUUGUUAGAUGGAAGGAUCUAGAGCAGGAACUUACCAUCCAGGUGGCUCCACAGCAGGCUGCAGCUACACCUGAGAAUACACCUUCAGGUGCUGCUCAGCAGGUUUGUGAGGCCUAUGAAAUGAUCAGAGGCCCUGUACAGAGAAAGACGCUUUGGAAAGCCCCACCACCCUACCGUACUCUUAGAGAUGCUUCACCGAAGGUUUCUGGACAGGUUGGUGCAGCACAGCCGGCUGGUGAGGCCAGCGAACUGACAAGGGGCCCUGUCCAGAGAAAAACUCUUUGGAAACCAACGCAACCUCACAGAGCGCCUAAGCAUGAAGGCUUGGCUAGGGUUUGGGCUGGUAAGGUUGAAGCCGGUUGUUAUAAACGGGGCCCGGUUCAACGGAAAAAACUCUGGACACCAACACCACCCUCUCCACAAGAACACUCGGGAGGGUCAGUGACUAUGGGAAACCUCGCUGGACAGCACCACAGUUCAGCCUACUGGCAAACGCAAUUUCAAGGGAAGUUGAGGCGAGUGGGGAUGAAGCCAGUGAUUUUAAAAGCUGUCUUAUGCAGCAGAAAGAUAUCUGCACAGCGCCGCACAUCACUCAGGCCUGUGAAGAGGUGGAGGCUUCCUCCCAGCACGCCAUGACUGUUGACCUGGAGCUCCAGCCUCUGCAGCUCAGCAGCCAUGAGAAGGAGGAGAUCACCACACUAAAGGAGGAGAACGAAGCUUUAAGAUCUUCCCUCCAGCAGGCGAGCUGCAAAAAGGAGGAGAACAAUAAGCUAAAGGAGGAGAACAAAGCUUUGACAGCUGAAGUGGAGCAGCUCAAAGAAGAGCUGAAAGAAAAUAACGUUCUUCAUGAUGAGGUCAAUCAGAAGAACGUUAAAAAGAUCAGUGAUCUGGAGGUCCAGCUUCUGUUUAAGACGGCCUCUGAAGCCAACACUCGCCAUGAGAAGGAGCAGAUGGAGGAGGCUCUUCAGAGGCAAAAGGAAAGUCAGAAGGAAACAGAAGUCCACCUGGCCGAGCAGAGAGAGGAGAACCACAGGCUGAUGGUUAAACUGGCCCAGGCGCUUAGCAACCUGGAGAGUCAGCAGCUGCAGUGGCAGGAGGAGAGAACCCGUCUCCUCCAGUCGCUCAGCGACAUCCAAGACACCC